AUGACUUUUUAUUAUCGUAUAACCGUUACGGAGGCUUUUGCUUAUGUUCAAUAUAUAAUGACUGAGGCUAACUUUGGUUGGUUAAUUCGAUCAGUUCAUCGAUGGCCAGUAAGUGUAGUUUUGGGUGUAUUGACUGCAUCCUUUGGUGUAACAGGUUAUUCCUUACCUUGGGACCAAAUCAGUUAUUGGGCAGUCAAAAUUGUAACGGGUGUACCCGAUGCUAUUCUUGUAAUAGGAUCCUCGGUGGUAGAGUUAUUGCGCGAUAGUGCUAGUGUGGGACAAUCUACCUUGACUCGUUUUUAUAGUUUACAUACUUUUGUAUUACCUCUUCUUACUGUCGUAUUCAUGUUAAUGCACUUUCCAAUGAUGUGUAAGCAAGGAAUUUCUGGUCCUUUAUAA